AUGCAAUCUCGACCCAUGGUCAUCGAUCACAUGCCACACCAAUCCGACCAAAAGCGGCAAGUGACGUCUCUGGAUAUCCUCACCGCAGCGUUCGAAGUGCCAGGCACCUUGGUGCCAAGGCCGCUGCCCUCGCAAGCCGGACUCAUCCUAGAAGAUCUCUCCAAGACGUUUGUCGAUUCAUGGGAUUAUGUCCGCACAGGCGAGUUCUCGGUGCAACCCAUAGCGGCACAGAUCGAUGCCGAUUUCACCGCCGCUUAUGAUGGAUGGUUUGGAGGAUCGCGCUUGGAGGAUUUCUUACAGACGCAUCGAAUGAUUGCCGCACGAUUUCCCGGGCUCAAAAUCUCCGUGCUGGACACCUGUGCUCAUAUUGCCGAUUCUGGUAAUCGGGCUGAUGUCUAUGUUUUGACCGAGACGACGGGUGCUCCCACCCAGCUGAGGAAGCAAGGACUUGGUGUUUUGAAGUGGCGGCGACGCGAGGGAGUCUGGUAUUGCUAUAGGAUGCAAGGGUUGCGCGGCGUCGGUGGCGUCAUAUAG